AUGGGAAAACUCAUUCGACUGGAGCUUUUUAAUUUCAAGUCUUACAAAGGUCACCAUACCCUUCUCUUUGGCGAUGCAUACUUCACUUCAAUUAUUGGGCCUAAUGGCUCCGGAAAGUCGAACUCGAUGGACGCGAUUUCGUUCGUUCUGGGAAUCAAAUCGUCACACUUACGAUCCACGAAUCUUCGCGACUUGGUUUACCGUGGGCGUGUCUUGCGCACUUCGAAAUUAGAUGGAGAGCCAACUGCCAAUGGAGAGGAAGGCGAGCAAGAGGAGGAUGUCGAUGCUAUGGAUGAGUCGCAGGACACAGGUGGCGCAAACGAUCCCAAAACCGCCUGGGUCAUGGCGGUCUACGAGGACGACGCCGGUGAGGAGCAACAGUGGCGCCGGUCUAUCACCAGUUCAGGAGUCAGCGAGUACCGCAUCAACAACCGAAUCGUGACUGCCCAACAAUACAACGAAGCCUUGGAGGAAGAGAAUAUUCUGAUUCGUGCACGCAAUUUCCUUGUAUUCCAAGGAGAUGUCGAAGCUAUCGCUUCGCAGUCGCCCAGAGACCUUACUCGUCUCAUCGAGCAGAUUUCCGGCAGUCUAGAUUACAAGGCAGAGUACGAAAAGCUCAAAGCCGAGGCGGAGGAGGCUGCAGAGCAGCAGACUGUGCAGCUCAAUCGCCGGCGAGGCAUCAACUCGGAGGUCAAGCAAUACCAAGAGCAGAAGAGAGAAGCAGAGAACUAUGCCAAGAAGGCAGAGGAGCGUGAUCAGGCUAUUAUCACCCAUAUCUUGUGGAAGCUUUUCCAUUUCCAGCGUCUCAUCGACGAGUCCAGUGCCGACAUCCAGAAAUACCAGGAGGAACUCAAAGAAUACCGUCGUGGCAUGGAAAAGUACGAAAACAACGUCGAGGAGGCCAAAAAGGAUCACGCCCGUGUUGGCAGGGACGUUGGGAAAGCUGAGAAGAAUAUUCUUAAGAAAGAAAAAGAUAUCGAAGACCUCAAAAAUUCUCUCGUCCCAAUCGACGAGAAAAUUGACAUUACGCAGAAAAAGGUCGAGCGUUACUCAUCGAGAAUUUCGGAAAUCGACAAAGAGCGCGCAGCUCAGGCAAGCAAUGCAAAGCAGCUCGAGAAGGACCUCAAACUUGUCGAAAAAGCACAGACGCAGUGGGAGUCGGAAUGGCAGAAAACUAUGAGCAAGCAAGGUGUUCAAAUGAGUGAGGCGGACCAGCAGGAAUACCACAAGCUCAGAGAAGAAGUCAGCAAGCGUUCUUCUGCAGACCAGUUGAACCUCGACAACCUGCGCCGGCAACGAAAGACCGAAGCCGAAGCCGUGAAUAGUCUCAAGGGAAAAUUCGAAAGCACAGAGUGGCAAUUGAAAAAUCUGGAAUCAGAAGCCUCUACCAUGAAUGAGAGGAAGGCAACACUGAACGAUACUAUCAAAACAACCACCAAGGAGAUUGAUCGCAAAAAGAAGGAUUUGAAUGCGCUCACAUCCGACCGUCUCAAAAUCUCCCAAAUGCGCACUGAAUUAGAGGAAAAACUCCAGGUUGUGCUCAAAAAGCUGCUCGAAGCCGACGAUGGCAAAAAGCAGAAUGAGCGUGAGAUUCGGGCCAAGGAACUUGUUUCGACCUUGAAGCGCAUCUUCCCCGGUGUGAAAGGCCGUGUCAGUGAUUUGUGUCGCCCAAAGCAGAGGAAGUAUGCCGACGCAGUGAGCACAGUUCUCGGUCGUCACUUUGACGCGAUCGUGGUCGACAAUGAGAAGACCGCUAAAGAAUGCAUUCAGCAUUUGCGUGAUCAGCGUGCUGGUCAGGCUACUUUCAUUCCCUUGGAGACAAUCCAGGUGAAAGCUUUCAAUUCGAACCUGAAGGGGAUGCACAGGGGAAUGCGCCCCGCCAUUGAGACCAUCGACUACGAUGAUUCUGUCGCUCGGGCGAUCAGCUACGCUUGUGGCAAUUCGAUUGUCUGUGAUGAUCUUGCGACAGCAAAGUACUUGUGCUACGAGCGAAACGUCGAUGCCAAGGCUGUGACUCUAGAUGGCACCGUCAUCCACAAGGGCGGCCUUAUGACCGGUGGACGUGGUCCACAGCAGAAUUCGUCUAAGCGCUGGGAGGACUCUGAAGUUGAGAACCUUCACAAACUCAAAGAUAAGCUUAUGGGUGAUCUUGCUACUCUUCCCAAGAGCCAUCGGCGUGGUUCUGAAGAAGAAACACUCCAAGGGGAGCUCGUCGGUCUGGAACAGCGAUUAAGCUACGCAAAGGAGGAGUUGAAAGCACUUGAACGAAACAUCCAAAGCAAAAAAAGCGAGCUUGACUUCGUCAAACGUCAACAUGAAGACUUGCGACCGAAAUAUACGGAGAGGAAAGAGAACCUCGAUGAGUUGGACGAAACCAUUGAGAAUACCCAAGCUUCCGUCAGCACGGUAGAGGACGAGAUCUAUCGUAAAUUCUGCAAACGUUUAGGGUUUGAGAACAUCCGAGAAUACGAAGCGCAGCAAGGCUCACUGCAAGAGGAGGCUUCGCAGAAGAAACUCGAAUUCACAACGCAGAAGAGUCGUAUCGAGAAUCAACUGAGCUUUGAGAAGCAGCGAAUCCAAGCCACCGAUGAUCGGAUCAGUGGUCUCAAGGCUCAGUACGAGCGGGACCUGAGUCUUAUCGAGGAGCUCCAGGUCCAGCAAGAGGAGAUCCGCAAUGCGCUCGAUGAGUCUAACGCAGAACUGGAGCUGUUGCGCGAAAACCUCGAGGAGCAAAAGGAAAUUUAUGUGCAAGCUGCUGAAAACCUUGCCGAACAACGAAGAGAACUGCAGAAGCGCAGCAAGCAUAUUGAAGGCACUCUUAAGCAAAUCAAUGCCCUUGAGGCUGAAAUACAGCGAAAUUCUUCCAGCCGAUAUGCACUUCUGCGACGAUGCAAGCUUGAGGACAUUGAUGUUCCGCUCACGGACUCUUCCUACGGCCUUGACAAGCUUCCGAUCGAUGACCUGGUGCAGGGUGCGGCCGAUCCCGACGCAAUGGACGUGGACGAGGGGGAUGACAUGGACGAGACUCCUGUUGUGCAAGAUUACGGAAUCGAAGUCGAUUUUGAUUCCCUCGGGGAGUCGCUGAAAGAGGGUACCGACGAAAAGCUUGAGGAAGAGCUGCUUGAGAAAGUGCGGGCCCUCAACAAUGAACUGGACAAAAUGGCUCCGAACACCAGGGCCAUGGAGCGCCUGGAAAGCGUUGAAAACAAGCUCCGAAGCACUGAGAAGGACUUUGAGGAUGCUCGCAAGUACGCUCGACGGGCCAAGGAAGACUUUGAAGCGGUCAUGAAGAAACGAUCCGAUCUUUUCAACAAAGCUUUCACGCACAUCUCUGAACAGAUUGGUCCGAUCUAUCGCGAGUUGACUCGGAGUACCAAUUAUCCUUUGGGCGGACAAGCUUACUUGGAUAUCGAAGAUUCCGACGAGCCAUACUUGGAUGGUAUUAAGUAUCAUGCUAUGCCCCCAUUGAAACGUUUCCGAGACAUGGAGCAUCUUUCCGGUGGCGAGAAGACCAUGGCCGCACUCGCUUUACUAUUUGCCAUUCAUUCUUAUCAACCGUCACCUUUCUUCGUGUUGGACGAGGUUGAUGCUGCGCUCGAUAACACCAACGUUGCUCGCAUCGCCAACUAUAUCCACGACCACGCUGCCCCUGGGAUGCAAUUCAUCGUCAUCAGUCUGAAGGCAGGAUUGUUCCAAAACAGUGAAGCUCUUGUUGGUAUCUACCGUGAUCAGGUAGAGAACAGCAGCAAGUCUCUGACCCUCGAUCUUCGGAAAUACACCUAA